AUGAUAUUUGAAGGGCAACUUUCUACCACAGUUCCACCAAAAAUACAAUUAGCUGCUACCUUAUCCCUUUUAGCUUCUGGAGGUUUCCAACAUUCAGUGGGGAAUGACUUUUUAAUAGGCAUUAGUCAAAGUUCCAUCUGUAAAAUUACAAAGCGUGUGGUGGAUGAAAUGGAGCGAAAACUUUGUCCAAAAUUUAUAAAGUUCAAUUGCAGAAAUAGUGACGAAUGCAAAGAGAACUUCAUGUCAAAAUAUAAUAUUCCAGGUGUUAUUGGCUGUAUUGAUGGGACCCAUUUUGGAUUGCAGAAACCUCGCAACGAGCAUAUGUUUUUUAACAGGAAAGGCUUUCAUAGUCUAAAUUCAAUGAUAAUAUGCGACCAUCAAUAUACAAUUUUAGCCAUAAAUUCUAAAUAUGGAGGAGCUGCUCAUGAUUCGUUUGUUUGGAAGGAAUCAGAAGAAAGAAUCCAUCUCGAACAAGAAUAUAAUAAUAAUUUAAGAAAUUUUUGGCUCUUAGGUGAUUCAGGAUAUCCAUGUGAACCUUGGUUGCUAACACACUAUCGAAAUCCCCAAGAAAAUUCAAUGGAAUCGAAGUUUAACGACAUUCAUUCCAAAGCAAGGUGUAUUGUCGAAAGGACAAUUGGAAUUUUGAAGGCCCGGUGGAAAAUUUUAUGUCACGAAAAACGAAGUCGUUAUAGUGCCGAGAAAAUUGCACAGUUCUCUAAUGUAUGUGCAGCUCUACACAAUAUUUGCUUACAAUUUAAAGUGCCCAAUUACGAAGACGUACAACAAACGCCAUUGGACACGGAAAUGCCUGAAAUAGAUACGGGAACAGAAACACAAAUAACCAAAGUGGGAAAAAAAAUUAGAGAUAACAUAAAAAUAAGCUUAUGUUCUUAG